AUGUCGAUUUCUGAAGACGAUCUGCUCGACCUGCACGGAAAAGUUGCUUUGGUUACUGGGGGAAAUACAGGAAUCGGGUAUGCGACGAUCCAGAUGCUUGCGCGGAAGGGCGCUAAGGUCUAUAUGGCCGCUCGAGACGAAGGCCGGGCAAUCGAGGCCAUAAAGAAGCUGGAGGCGGAGAACAUCAACGAUGGGAGUGUGCAUUGGCUGAAACUCGACCUUUCGGACCCACGUUUGACCGUGGGCGCAGCGAAAGAGCUCAUGGAGAAGGAGGAAAGGCUGGAUAUCAUUGUCAACAACGCUGCUCGAGCACUCCCUGGGCCAUACCAGCUGAAUAAGGACGGCCUGCUCGAUAUUAUGGUCACCAACCAUAUUUCACACUUUGCCUUGACGCAAACCCUCCUACCCUUAUUAGAAGAAACUUCAAAGAGAGACGGCGCAGAUGUCAGGAUUGUGAACGUCUCGUCUUCUGCUCAUGGAAUGGUACAACCCUCUUCAUUCACAUCUUUGGACACGUUCAACAAGGACUAUGGGAUCUCGGUCACCAACUCGUUGCGAACAUAUGGCAACUCGAAACUUGCCAAUGUCCUCUACAUGAAGGAGCUGCAGCGCCGCUUAAAGGAAAAGUCGAUUGCUAUUACCUGCAUAUCGGCCCACCCUGGAGCCAUACGCACAAUUGGGUCAGACGGCUUCAGCGAGCUAAUUCCAAUCAUCGGCGGACUGCUCAAGAGAUUUUACUUCAAGCCACCACGGAUGGGAGCGAUGACGGUUGCGUUUGCAGCGGCUGGGGCGAAAGUGGCUGAAGAGAGGUCGAAAUAUGAAGGCGCUUACCUCGUUCCGAUCGCGAAACUUGCCACACCGUCGCCCUCAGCUCAAGACCAGCGCCUACAAAGAGAGCUUUUCGAGGCGACAGAGAAGAUUAUCGCCGAUUUGUCGUCGUAA